AGGCUGACCAAGCAGGAAUUCUGGCAGCUGGUGCACCAGAGCUAUGGCUCUGAGCUGGGCCUGAACAGCGAGGAGAUGGAGAGCUUCCACUCAUCGUCUGAGGACAACGGGCAGCCUCGAUCCAGCAUUUGUGAUGAUUCUGGAGAAAGGGAUGAAAAACUACCUAAAAUGAUUGGUUUAGUUCGGGAACCCACGCUUCAAACAGAAGGAGAGUCACUCAAUAGCCCCGCAUUGCCAGGAGUGGAGGAGUCCCCAAGUGAGAGGCAAAUAAAGAAGAGCCCUCUUCCAUCUUCAGAAAGAAAACCUGUUAAGCUAGUCAGGAGCAGGUCUUUAGAAAAGUCCUUAGACCUGAAUGAGAAUGAAAAUCUUCCAGAGAAGAGCAGUGCCUCAGACAGUGAGGAAGCAGUGAAGGAGACUGUCUCUGAGAAUGAUCUCUAUGGGAGACUUUUUAUAAACAGAGUUUUCCACAUUACUGCAGACAAGAUGUUUGAAAUCCUUUUCACCAAUUCUCACUUCAUGCAGAGGUUUCUCAAUUCCAGGAGUAUAGUAGAUGCUGUAUCAACCCCUUGGAAUAGAGAUUCCAGUGGCAAUCAGUUGAGGACUUUGACAUACACUGUAACGAUUAACAAUCCACUUUGUGGGAAGUUCACAACUGCAACUGAAAAGCAGAUCCUGCAUAAGCAGAGCCAGAAAGGUCAGUCUUAUCAGGUGGAUGCUGAGGUACUGACCCAUGAUGUCCCCUACCAUGAUUAUUUCUACACUGUGAACAGAUACUGCAUCAGCCGCACAUCCAGUCAUAAGUGUCGCUUACGGGUUUCUGCAGAAGUAAAGUAUAAAAAACAGCCCUGGGGCCUUGUCAAGUCUGUAAUCGAGAAGAAUACCUGGGGAGGAAUACAGGAAAACUUCAAACAACUUGAAUCAGAUCUCCUAAUGGAGGAAUAUGCAAUUAAUCAGUCCAUAGAAGACUCUGGAAAAUUAGUUGCCCUGAGACGAAGACGACGCACUUUACACCGGAGUCUGGCAGAAUCACUUCCCAGACGGUCUUCCCAACACUCCUCUGGUGACAUGGGAGUAGAGUCCCAGGGCAGCAUAAUAGGAAGGAAAAGAGAUGCUGUAAGUAGGACCACCACCAUCAUUGUAGUAAUGAGUGUCUUUUUGCUGCUCUUGGUCUUGCUGAAUAUAACAUUGUUUCUCAAACUGUCAAAGAUAGAGCAUGCAGCUCAGUCCCUCUAUCAUGUCCAGCUUCAGGAAGAAAGCUCUUUGAACAUAUCCCCAGAAACGGUAUCAAAAGAGGAGAUCCCUCAAUAUGAUAAGGAACAGGUUAAACAUGUGAAGGGAGUUUUAAGAGAGUCAAUUGAAAUGCUUGAGCAGCUAAAAAGCUCCCUUUCCAUGCUCCAAAGAAGCUUUGACCACUUGAACAGGACACAAAGCGGCAAGACUGAGAGUUAAUACCCACAUCAGCUUUCUGUUCAAGAUGUCGGAAGACAAGAUAUGUGUGUGAGGACUUGUGGGUAGGGAUUGUAACUGUCACCUUCGGACUCUUUACUAUUUGGCUCAAAAGCUGCACGGAAUAAAGGUUUCU